CUCAAAAGUCAAAACAAUCCACCAUACUGCCAACUCUCUCCUCGUAGCCCGCCGCCUGGCCUUUUUCUUGUUUGGGCACGUCAUUCACUGGCCCAAAAUCUCCCUGGGCCGUCUGGCCCUUUUUCUUUAACCAUUUAUCAAGUGGCUAAACUAGAGCUGUCUCCACCAGUUAAAAGCGGCAGUUACUUUCUUUCUUUCUUCAACCAGUUAACCAACAGUAAAUAUCCAAUACCUAGUUGCCAUAACCGUAUCAUUCCACCUCCUUUGUAACCGUACACCGUAUUCGUAUUUCGGUAUUUCCCCUCAACCCCACUUCCGAUCUCCAUCUCCACCCACCGAGAACUCGUAACUCGCCCGCCCUCACUCACUCACUCACUCACUCACCCUCUCUCCCCCCCUCUCUCUGUCUGAAGUGACCUGGAAAUGGAUUUGAAAGCCGCUAUUUUCAGGCCACUUUGAAGAAAGAGAAGCGCCAUCUCCAAAUCCUCCCCCCUUCCACUCGCCCACUCACUCCACAACUCGGCCGACUGCGACAUCCCCUCUCGCCCCCACCAUUCCAUUAUAGAACCACCGUAGCACCCGCGGCUCAUUGGAGCAGAGUUGGAUCGCUCCGUUCUCCUCUUUGGAUCCGGCGUAUUACUGUUGCUACUUCUCAAGUUGUCUCAGCCAGAUCCUCCCGGAUUCCUUCCCCCGAAAUCUAGCCGGUUCCUUCUGAUGGACUUGUGACUACUGCUGCGCUUGCUCGAGCUAUAGGUAAGUUGGGGAAUGCUGCGACUUGACUUUUCCCGAUUGCCUGCCUGUUUGGUUGCUGAAAUAGUGCGUGUUGUUUUAGAUUAUCCGAGACGGGUAUGCAGUUAGUUGUUAAAUGCGAGUGAGAUUCAGGUGAUUGUCAGUGGGUUUUGCCGUGAGCAUAUUCGUUUGGUCUGGGCGGGGUGAGAAUCAUGAAAUUUGAUUAGUUGUUGGGUCUUGCUGCUAAUAGAUCAGUUUCCGCUUAUGGAUUUGCGUCUUGAGAUUUGAGAAUGCGUUUCGGGUGUGUGGUUAGAUAAAAGAUGCCGUUUGGCGGAUUUCUCUGGAAUUACACUGUUCAUCAGUGUGAGUCGACCUCUUUAGAUGUCUUCCCUCACUCGAAUUUGUGUUCUGGAAUCUAAUGGAAUGAAUUUUGGUUUUUGAAAAGCGGAUUUCACUUGAUGAAUUUUGUCAAAAGUUUUGCUGGAUAGCUGUAUUUGGAACUGGCAUUGUGAUGAGUUUCCUAGUUUCUUGGGGCGCUCCCUUUAAACUUGUUCUUGGCGACCUGUGUCUUGCUAAGAAAUUAUCAACCUUUUGGAGGAUUAUAGUUUGUCUUAUUUUGCUUGUUGAAGCCUUCUCGUUCUAAGGGUGCUCAUUCCCAAUUGCUUAAUACAUCGUACCAAAUAUUUGUUUUAUGGAUUCAUUCCUUUCGUACAAUAAUAUUGGGGUUCAAGGCUUAUCUUGUUUCAGUCAAACUCCUUGAAAUUUUACCCACUGUGGGUGACAUUGUUCGGGGUAACUACUUCAAGCUCACUUUUCAUGUUGUAGUAGAUAAAUUCGCAUUGUUUUCCAUGCAUUCUUCUGUCUUUUGCUUGCUUUACGCAAGCUUCAGUUGGUCAGUCCUGUGUAUGAUUUCAAAUAUUUGGUCCUUACAGAGUGUAAUGGAUAUGGACGGAGUCCUGCUCAGCGAUGAUUUUGAGAUGACCCAUCAAAAUGGUGGCGGUGAUCACAAUGCUGUCUCUGGAGAGGAUGAUGUGUUCUCAAACAACAUGAAUGGAGCUAUGUUGGAUCACAGUGUUGAGGCCAUUGAAGGCUCUAAUGUGGUUGCUGAAGACCAUGACUUGGCUGUUACUAAGGAAGGAGGAGUGAAAGAUGCAGAUCAUUCAGAGAAAGCACCAUUGGUGCAGGUUCCAGGAAAGAGCAAGAAUGAGAAGCUUUCGAAUGCCAGAAAAGCAUCAGCGACUCAGCUGUCAAAGGGCAAGGAUUUCAAAGGUGUGGCACCCCCUACAGUUGCCAAAGGGACUGCGGCUCAGAAUUCACGGGCAAAAUUGUCUUCUAAGACUAAGUCUUUCAGCGAGAAGCAGGUCCCGGAGGUAAAGCAAUCCGGAAAAUCUGAAGCAGCAACAUCUGAAUCCCUCAUAAAAAAGACAACAUUGAAACCCUUGAAGAAAGCACCUAUUGCUGAAGCUGAUGGAGAUGGGCAAUCUUCCUCAAGUCCCACUGAAAGUGAUGGUAAACCUCGUAAGGCAGGGGCACUUCCAAAUUAUGGCUUUAGCUUCAAGUGUGACGAACGAGCGGAGAAAAGGAGGGAGUUCUAUACCAAACUUGAGGAAAAGAUCCAUGCAAAGGAAGAAGAAAAAAAUAACAUUCAAGCCAAGUCUAAGGAAAGCCAAGAAGCCGAGCUUAGGCAGCUGAGGAAGAGUUUGAACUUUAAGGCAACACCAAUGCCUACCUUCUAUCAGGAGCCUCCCCCAGCAAGGACAGAGUUGAAGAAGAUACCCACAACAAGGCCUAAAUCCCCAAAAUUAGGUAGAAGGAAGAGCUCAUCACCAGCAGAUGCUGAAGGAAAUAACACCGAGGCAAAUGGAUUAGCUUUAGGUCGUCUAAGUUUGGACGCUAAAGCCUCUCAGAAUGUUCCUACCCCAAAGGAAGUGGCACCUGCCAUUACAAAGAAGCCAGCCCGCAAGUCACUUCCCAGACUACCGUCUCAGAAGACCAAAUUGACAAAAAACAAUGGGAAAACUGGAGUCGUUGCCAAAGUAACAGACGACGAACCAAAAAUCACAAUCUCAUCCGAUAAGCAGCAAGUGAAUGAAGUCACCGGUCCGCCGAGAGCUAAGCUUAGUGAAAUCGAGCCAGAAGAAGAGCAAAAUAUGAUGGUAGCUGGAGGAGAACAACAAGCUCAAGUUUGUGUCUCAGAGGACUGAGAAAAAAACAGUGAGUUGGGAAAUGUGAAUCUCAGGUUAUCGACAUGGGGAGCCAAUGUGGGUAAAUAAAUGAACGAACGAAUGAAUGGAUCUCAGGGAAGACAGUGAAGCUCAAGUGAAGAUCUCUGCUUUCGGCGAGAUUGUGAGACGUCUGUCUUAUGUCCAUAGCACAGCGGUUGGUUACCUUAUUGUUGUGUGGCUUUUGCUUUCAUGGUUGCUGGUGUUCUAUCUCGUAAGGAUUCUGCACUGAACUUGAUGAUGUUGAUGUUCUUUGUUUUUCUUUCUUCUUGCAUAGUUCUUUUACCCUAAUUUAUCUCGCCAAGCAAUGCGUAAAGAAGAGGGAAGGGGAGGGGGGGAGAAGAACAGGCUUGCUUACUGAAUAUUUUUGAAAAUGUUUUGGGGAUCCUUAGGCUGCCAGAAGCUCUUUUAUUGGUCAUAUCAUAUGUUUGCAAUUCUGUUGGGAUACUUGGGACGCUGUAUUAUGUUCUCUUAUUUGUUCUUUGAACAUGUCUUCCUCUCUGUUCCCAUUUUGCUUGUAUUGUGACAACCUGUCUUCCCCACUUGGUAUGAUCAAUCAACGAUGCUUGGAAACUCAAUUCAGUAUCGUUUCGUGCUGGCACGACCUGUUGUCAAGUUGUACCUAUAGGUAUGGUGAUAAAACUCACCCGACCAAUUGGUCGGGCAAUGAGAUGCAACAGUUGCAUUCCAAUAGGUGGAAAAAAGAGGUCAUGAUAGA